UGGUCUCACCGUGGGGGGCGUGACUAGUGCGGCUCCGCGGCGGCGUGCGGCGGACGUGGAAGUGACGUCACGCGCGGGCGCGACGGCGUCGCCAUCAUGGCGGGCAGGGGGGCCUGCCGCGUCCCGGAGCGGUGGACGGAGUACACCCCGCUGGGCCGCAGGAUGCCGGGCACGCGCUUCGUGGCCUUCAAGGUGCCCCUGAAGAAGAGCUUUGAGCAGAACCUUCUGCCAGAGGAGAGAUUUUCCCCUCGAGACCUCCUCAGGAAGGUGCAGGAGAGGAAGGAGGAGCUGGGGCUGAUCAUCGACCUGACCUACACCACGCGCUACUACGGCCGCGAGGAGCUGCCCCCCACGCUGCGUUACUGCAAGAUCCUGACCAUGGGCCACGAGAUCCCCAACAGGAAAACCUUCCUGAGGUUCAGAUACCUCGUCAGGAGGUUCCUGAUGGCCAACAAGGACAACGAUAAACUCAUCGGGGUGCACUGCACGCACGGCCUCAACAGGACUGGCUACCUGCUCUGCAGGUACCUGAUUGAAGUUGAAGGCAUGGAACCAAAUGCUGCCAUAGAGUUGUUCAACACAUCUCGAGGGCACCCCAUGGAGAGACCCAACUACAUCCGAGACCUGCAGAGGAGAGCCCCGAGGCCUCCUUUCAGGGUGUGGAAGAGCUGGUGGGAUCCCUCAGCGGGUGAAAAACUCCGUGUUUUCCGCUGGGAACAUCUGGAAUUCUCUUUCAAAUCCCCUCCAAAAGCCGCUGCGAGCUGAAGGAUUCGGGCUCGGAGCUCAGGAAGAGCAGCAGCGCCCCAGCCAAGCCCCAGAAGCAGCUGGGGAAGCACCCCCAGCCCACCCUGGCAGUG